CUUGUGCUAAUAGCAAUAAUUGCUCUGUUGUGCUGUGGAGCGCUUGUUCGAGUUGAACUGAUCUUACGAGAGCAGAGGAUAAUGAUCAACAUGAUGCAAGAAAAGACCGACUGCAUGGUUUCUUGUAGACUCGAGACAAGUGAAGCCAAAGAAGUGCCAAUGAAAGAUUCAUCCACCCCCAAACCAAGAUCUCGUCGUGACGUCAUCCACUUGAUCACAAAUGACACUAAGUCACCAGCUCUUAAAGACCGGGACUCCUUGAUAGCUCUUGCCACAGGUGUAGAUUGUAAAUCUUUGACUAUAAAUUACCCACCCAAGGUGACGCUGCCAGUCGGACCGAUUUACGUCAAGGAAGGAACCAUCUUAACUUUGUCAUGUCACGUGACUGGUUAUCCCAAACCCAAGGUCAAGUGGUCAAAGGUCAUGGGUUCCUUGCCCUUCAAGACCUUCAAGCGUUCUUUGAUAACUACAAACAGGCUGAAAGUGUUGUCAAUUAAAAAACAUGAUUCGGGUUUGUAUGUCUGCACGGGAUCCAACACUCUUGGCUCAGCAGUCGAAACUAUCAAAAUCAUUGUUGUAUCUCCGCCAAAAUUCAUCAGCACCCCACCCCAGCAGGUUAACGCUUGCGAUAAACUGACGCUCGAUUGCCAAGCGACAGGGGACCCCCCUGCGGUGAUAACGUGGAGUAAAGAGAGCGGACGGCUACCAACAGACAGGACUCAGUUGAUCAACGGAAGAUUGGCGAUAACUGGAAUUAAGGCUUCUGACGCCGGCAAAUACGUGUGUACAGCGGUUAGUGCUAGCGUGGCUACAUCAAAGAGUGUUAGCACGGUAACAGUGUCAGAUAAAAGAAAACUCAAGUUUGGCCGUGAUUCAGUCACCGACUACAUUGUGGUAGAAAGAAAACUGCCUGCAAUGGCGAAACUCACUGUCUGUCUUUGGACGAUGACGUCAAAAACUGACUCAGUCUUGAUAAGCUACGCUGUACCAGGAAAUGACAAUGAAAUAAUUCUUAUUAACCUUCCCACUAAAACAUUACAUGUGUAUAUUGGAGGUGCAUCAUGGGAUUCAGGAAUUCGCGUCACUGAUGGUCACUGGCACCACAUCUGCGCAACAUGGGAUAAUUCCGCUGGUCAAGCAGUUCUUUACAUAGACGGCGUUCGACGUGCUCAAGGGAGCUUGGAGAAAGGUAACGUGACUAAGAGUGGAGGUUCGUUGAUAAUCGGACAAGAGCAGGACAAAGUGGGCGGAGGCUUCGAUAUAUCCCAGUCUUUCGUUGGUGAGCUGACCGAGAUUAACAUCUGGAAUAGAGUACUGGGACCGAAAGAGAUCUCUGCUAUGUCGAAAAAUCGUGAAAUUGCUGCAUCCGGGAAUGUCUUGACAUGGAGUGACGUCAUAUCCGGUACAAAACAUGGCCAAGUGCAGAUCAUCGAUUCAUGCAAACAGUGAAACUGGUUGACAUCCAGUGUAUUUACUAACAGUAAUUGUCGUAGACCUUAAUUAUUGCUAUAAAUUUUGGGUUUAGAUUGGGUGUUUGUUGCAUUUAUUCAAAACUGUAAUUGGGAACCAGGGUUAAAAGUAAAUUAAAGGUACU